AAGAAAAGUAAUUUUAGGGUUUAUGGCUGGGAGAACAUUGGGGCGACGCUGGUGUUCUUCCGCCGCUCGAGCGGCGGGCAUUGCUCCGCCGAUUCAGGUGAAGCUCACUGAGACUGCGGGCAGGGGUGUGUUUGCCAGUCGCAAGAUCGGCGCUGGGGAUGUUAUUCUCACGGAAUUUCCAGUGAUUUCGCAUCCCUCGCCCACAAACAUGGGAAAGGUUUGCUGGUGGUGCCUUAAACGUUUUAGCUUGAUCACAAAACCAUUUCUCCAACUCGAGAGCUCCUGGAUGGCCUACUGCAGUCAAGAAUGCACUGAUCUUGCCAAGGGGUGUAUGGAUCUGGAGAACAAUCGUCACUGGAAAGAGUUUCACGAUUACUGUAGGGAAAGUAACUUGAGGUUUCCACUCUUGGUGAAGCGAUUGGCAUGCAUGGUAGCCACAAACAUGGCCUCUUUUGAUGUUCUCGACAUUCUCUAUCCGCCAAGUCCUCCUGGAUUUCUCCAAAGAUGGCUCGAGGAGCGCAAGCUUUUGACAGAAACUCUAACUCGUUGCGGUAUAGACUCGGCUUCAACGAAGUGUAUCCUUUUUCUUCGUUUCUUUCCAAGCAAAAGAGUUCGUUUUUCUUUCGACAGGCUCGAAGUUUUGAGCGAUUCUUGGUACGCCGGCGCGCUCUCCAGAAUACACCUCAACACAUUCCGAGUGGAGACUAUCGCCACGGAGAUCACAAACCUUGAAGCAGCUCUUGUCGACUCCAUCACAGGCGACGAUGUUGUUGGCUCCGCCGUCUACAUUCUUCCCUCCAUGUUCAACCAUAGCUGCGAUGCUAACGUGAACAUUUACUGGCGAGAAAAUGCGUUUGUACAACUGAAAGCCUUACAACCGAUCGAACCAGGCAAGGAGCUGUGUAUAACUUACAUUGAUGCAAGCAUGGGGUGUGAAGCUCGCAGAGCACUUCUUCAGGACGCCUAUGGUUUCCACUAUUCGAGGAUUCACGAUUAAAAGCUUAAAGCUCUCGUGAGUUUUCUAGAUUCGAUGACAAUGAGCAAGGAGCUACUACUACGAACUGGUAAAACCAUCUUAAAAGUUUGAGCUUUUAUUGAUCAAAGGUCCUUUCUCCUUUUUCUA